AUGAGUGCUGCACCAGGUGGAUCCGGAGGACAUCCAGGCUCGGCUUACGGUGGACGCAGUGGUUUCGCACCUCCCAGAUCGUUUGAGGAUCGCGCUGUCGCCAAAGAACAUAUGAUGCAAUCAGUGCGCGACUCUUCCCAACAGGACCGUCGGGUCUAUGUUGGGAACCUAUCCUACGAUGUCAAGUGGCAUCAUCUUAAAGAUUUUAUGAGACAGGCUGGAGAGGUUAUCUUCGCCGAUGUCUUACUUCUUCCUAAUGGAAUGUCGAAGGUGGGCGCCAAUGCGAUUGUGGAAUACGCAACGAGGGACCAAGCGCAAAACGCUGUCAACACUCUCAGCAAUCAGAACCUGAUGGGACGACUCGUCUAUGUCCGCGAGGACCGUGAACCAGAGCCACGUUUCACUGGUGGCCCCCCUCGUGGAGAUUUCGGGGGUGCUGGUAGAGGCGGUGGUUUUGGAGGCGGCUACGGCGGUCCUCCCCCCGGCGCUGGAGGUAGACAACUCUACGUGUCCAACCUUCCUUUCAAUGUUGGCUGGCAAGACCUGAAGGAUCUUUUCCGCCAAGCUGCUCAGCAAGGUGCCGUCAUUCGUGCAGAUGUGCACACCGACCCGACUGGUCGCCCAAAGGGCUCCGGAAUUGUCGCUUUUGAGUCCCCCGACGACGCCCGCAAUGCCAUUCAGCAGUUCAACGGCUACGACUGGCAGGGACGACCCCUCGAGGUCCGCGAGGAUCGCUUUGCCGGUCCUGGCGCAGGCUUCGGAGGCCGUGGUGGCUUUGGUGGCGGAUUCGGUGGCCGUGGUGGAUUCGGUGGUGGUCGCGGUGGUUUCGGAGGCCGUGGCGGCUUUGGCGGUGGCUUUGGAGGUCGUGGUGGAUUCGGUGGUGGCUAUGGUGGAGCACCACCUAGCUUCGAGGGUGGUGGUGCGGCUUCAGUGCCCCCGAACCCCUUUACUGACUUUGCAACCUCCGGAGGAGAGAAGAGCCCUGUCAUUUACGUGCGCAACUUGCCGUGGUCCACCUGCAACGAAGAUCUCGUGGACUUGUUCUCCACCAUCGGCAAGGUCGACCGUGCUGAGAUUCAGUACGAGCCCAAUGGCCGCUCUCGUGGAACCGGUGUUGUUCAGUUCGAUAGUGGCGAGACCGCUGAAACUGCUAUUGCCAAGUUCACUGGCUACCAGUACGGUGGCCGUCCCCUUGGCAUCACCUUUGUCAAGUACAUGACCGCUGGACCGGGUCCAGAUGAUGUUAUGGACGGUGCCGAGCCGACUGGAAUCACGCAGGACCAGAUCAUGUAA